AUGAAGAUGAGUUCGGCCUUUCCCUCCAUCGAUCUGCAGGGUACCGUUGUCGGCUCCCACAUCUCCGAAUUGAUGCGAUAUGCAGAAGUACAGGGUAGAGUCGUCCUGCUAGCCCUCUUCAUCUCAUUAUGUACCGUCUUGCCGGUCGGCUUCAACAUGGUGGUGUUGAACGUCCCGGAGCAAAUCAUCCAAACAGCAAUCAAUGACAGCUUCCACUCGACACAUGGCAUCGUUCUAGGCACUAGCGGGCUCAACAUCAUCUGGUCGAUCCUUGUCGCUUCACAGAGUAUUGGGGCGCUGAUCGGUUGCGUGCUGGUCAUCCCGCUGGAUCGCCACUUUGGUGCAAAGUCAAGCCUGCUUGCCGCCGCUUCGAUUUGCCUGAUGAUCGGCUCGCUGUCGAUGGCCGUUGCGCAGUGGCUUACCUUUCCCAUAGCCCUGCUGUUUGGGAGAAUUUUGAGCGGAAUCCACACAGGUCUCGUCUGCGCCUUCGUCCCGCUGUUCAUCCAAGAGGGCUCCCUGUCGUGUUCGAUUCACAUCGGGGUCUGCGUGGGUACCGCACUGGCGGCCCUGCUUUCCCUACCUUUUAUGCUCGGCUCCGCCAACACUUGGGGGCUUCUCCUGCUAUUUCCGGCGGUUUUUGGAGUGGCCGCGCUAACCUCGUCGUUCUUUGUGCCUGACACUCCUAAUCGGCUACUCCAGCAAGGGGCUUACACCCAGGCGGCGCAUUCGAUUAGGUUCUACUACGAUAUUGACGUGGACGAUGUGGAAGAUGCCAUCAAAGAAUAUUGGAAAUUGGUCCCCGAAACACCGCAACAGAUCCCGGUCAGCACCGCGCUUGGGAACCCAGCAAUCGCACGCGGUAUUCUCCUCGGCGGCAUCGUGAGUGCGACUCAGAUCUUUUCGGGGAGUAUGGCGACCGUCUCGUAUUCGACAACAAUGUUUACAUCGGUCUCCUUCUUCGAGGGGCUGAUCCCGUUCCUACCCGCCCUCGGCAGUAUUAUUUCCAUCAUAUUAACGCUACCCUCAUUGCAAUUGGUCGAGUCCUAUGGACGUCGACCGCUUCUUCUAAAAACGCUGGCGCUUUGCUUGAUCUCAGACGUGCUAUUUCUCAUCUUCUCGUUGCUUGCUGUAAAUCCAGAAGACUGGUGGGCGUCAUGGCUUUUCGGGCUUACUUUUCUGCUAUAUGGUGUUGGGUAUAACUUGGGCACCGGCCCAGUCGCCUAUUUUCUGGCGGCCGAAUUGGUUCCCCCCGAGGCGGCGACAGCUUCACUUGGCGUCGCUGUAGCCGUGAAUUGGGCCAGUUCUUCAUUGACAACUUUUCUAUUCUACCCGCUAAAUCAAUCCAUCGGUGGCUGGAGCUAUAUUCUCUUCAUUAUACCGAGCGCCAUCUUUCUCGUAAUACUAUGGCGAUUUCUACCGGAAACUCGGCAGCAGUAUGCGCAGAGACCCACGGAAAAUGCUUCUUUUUGUGAAAUUGCUCCGAUGCCAUACGGGACAUUCGAGGAAGGGCUUUUGGCCGAGCAACUUACAAAAUUU